AUGUACGACGCGUGUGAAUCAGACUUUGGGAAAUCUGAAGAACCUAUGAAAACAUAUGGUAGAAAUCUUAAUAAGAAAACUUAUGGUAACAUUCCCAACAAGGAUAUAUGUGAUUGUAAUCUCAACAAGAGUACAUAUAAACACAAUCUGCACAGGAAUACCUUGCAAUUUCUAAGAGGGGCCAUUGAUGUAGAAACGACGUACCUAAAUUCAAAUGAACAAGAAGAAAAAAAAGAAGAAAAAGAAGAAAAAAAAGAAGAAAAAAAAGAAAAAAAAGAAAAAAAAGAAGAAGAAAAAGAAGAAGAAGAAGAAAAAGAAAAAAAAGAAAAAAAAGAAAAAGAAGAAAAAGAAGAAGAAAAAGAAGAAGAAAAAGAAGAAAAAAAAGAAAAAGAAAAAAGAAGACAAAGAAGACAAAGACAAAGGCGAUGCAAAAGAAGAAAAAGACCAAGCAAAAGAUAA